AUGACGUCCAUCAGUCACCGCGAGGUACCGCAGGCGGAGGAAAAGGAGCCUCUAGAUGCGCAUGGAUCUGCAUUGACACAACCGACAGCAGACCUCCAUGCGUGGGGAGAUGCUCCUUUAGGAGUUAGUGGAGGCCAUGGAGAGCGUUACUGGAAGCAUACUAACGGUAAAGGGGACGGGUGGCGGCAAGCUAGGAGGCUUCGGCGUCGAAUCGGCUGGUUUUUGCUGUAUGUGCUCAUUCCCGCUAUAAUCAUUUCAGUUUUGCGGGAACUGUGCCGGGCCAACCUGUCCACCUCUACCAACCGAGCUAGAGGAGUUUCGGCUCGCAGGCUGUCGGAGGGCGAUGAAGGCACCCAUCGAGACAGUUCUAUAGAACAGCUCAUAGAAGCAUGUGCAGCAAUAGAGGCUGACAUGGGAUUACCCACGCCCCAAGAAAGAACUCCAGCUCAAGAGUUGGACGCAGCUGAGCAGGUGGCAAGGAUCGCCUUCUCCUUGUAUGCGGAAACCGUAGCAUAUGAGCAAGUCAUGCACCAAACGCCGCAAACAGUCCACACCAGUUUAACCACCUUGCCGCCUUCGCACACCAGUUCGGGAAUACAUUCUCAACACCAACAUUUCCACGGGUCAGUGAGUACUGCAGGCCAGCAGCCUGCUGCUCAACAUCCCCAACACAUAACUACAGGCUUGACAACUUCAGACCUUCAGCCUGCAAGCCACCCGCAUGAACCUUCGGCCUUGCCCCCCCAGUUUCUGGGUGCUCCUCAGCAUCUCCUGUCCGGCACCCAGCCUCUUCUACCAGAGUCAUCACAUCCUGCGUGGCUCCCCCAGGGUGCACUUGCGAGUUCGCAGCCGGGUUUUGCAUACCCCCAGUAUUUUGCGGGUCCUCAGCCUCCUGUUGGAGCCCCUCAGUCCGUCGGUUUGCCUUCUCAGGUUGCAGCGUUGCUCCCUGAGAAUGCUGCACAGCGUGCCCCAAGGAAGCGAAGCUAUUUAGAAGGUCCACACGGGACAUCUCAGGCACUCGAUCCGGAUUCCUGGCUGGAUGUAUCCUACAUGCACAGCCCGCCGGAACGACAAUGGCAGAGCCCUGCAUAUUUCUCGCAGUAUCCCCAUGGAGACCAGUCUGCGCCUCCAUCGAGGGGGACAUCUCAGGCACUCGAUCCGGAUUCCUGGCUGGAUGUAUCCUACAUGCACAGCCCGCCGGAGCGACAAUGGCAGAGCCCUGCAUAUUUCUCGCAGUAUCCCCAUGGAGACCAGUCUGCGCCUCCAUCGAGUGCCGCAAAGAAGUAUCCCUUAGGGGGAACAAAAAGAUGGGCUACAUGGCAGAGUUCUUCAACUUCUUCCGUAGCUGGUGCAGGAGCGGCUCCCGCAGCAGGAGCAGCGGCAGAUCCCGCACGCGAGGCCUUCGCAGCAGCAGGAGACCCCGAAACAACAGUAACUAGCUCUCAGGCUAACAGGAUAAGCAAGCAUCCCUUUGUCCAGCUGCCUGUUUUGAAGAGGGGAGUGGUGCCGCCGCACAUUCCGCUGACACCUUCGGAUUUUAGGACAACAAAUGGAGCUUCAGUGCGUGAUACUUUGCUUAUGUUUCGCCGGCUGUUCAUGGAGGGAGAGCUGAGCCAAAUGGACGCCACCCUGCUUGGGGCGUAUGUUCAAGAACUUGCGAUUGCAUCGGAGACAACAAAUGGAGCUUCAGUGCGUGAUACUUUGCUUAUGUUUCGCCGGCUGUUCAUGGGGGGAGAGCUGAGCCAAAUGGACGCCACCCUGCUUGGGGCGUAUGUUCAAGAACUUGCGAUUGCAUCGGCCGCACGUGCGCGGGCGACCAAACGAAUGAAUCGCCCGUUGCAUUGUGUGAUGACCAUAGGGAGGCAUUUCCUAGUUCUCGACGCCAUCGUGUCUGCACUGCAUGUCCUAGGGGUGUCGCCGCCAUCUUGCACGUGGUGGGAGGCCUUUGUCGAAUGCUUCGAUACGGACUACCGGUAUACGGCAGCUGGGCGCCGCGUCAAAGAGAGUGGCAAGGUCAACAUCGACCUUGCCAAUCGUCUACUGGCUGCCAUAACUAUCUUCAAAACAGGGAAUCGCCCAGAUCUCGAGGAAAUUAUACAUUUGAAGUGGAUCCUCUUCUUCUCUGUACACUCACCAUGGCGAUUCAGGGCUCCCGCUUGGGACACGUGGAGAAGAGAUUAUUUGGAGUUUCAAGAAAAGGAACCUGAGCUCGCUGCAUGGUUGGUGUGGCGAAGACAAUUGCCGCAUUAG